GAACUGUUUUCUAAAUUACCAUUCUUCUCAAACAAAUUAAAUAUCUUCUUCCCUAUUGUCAACAUCCUCAAUGCCACCCACAAUCCCCAACCGCCAAUGGACAUCCCACCUAAACGGAAUCUCCAACCUAACCCUAACCCAAACCACCACCUCACACCCAGCCACAAACGAAGUCCUCGUCCGCAUCACCGCCAUCUCUCUAAACUACAAAGACGGCGAGACCAUCUCGGGACAAUUCAACCACCACGCCGCCGUCUCCUUACCAAGCACCAUCGUCCCCUGCAGCGACGCCGCCGGCCAGGUGUGGGAAGUGGGGGACGGGGUAACGAGAUGGAAGAAGGGUGAUCGGGUUUUGGCCUUACCGUAUCUUGAGUAUAAGACUGGGAGGAUCACGCAGGAGAUGCUUGGGAGCGGGAUUGGGAGUUCGGGGAAAGGAGUUUCAUGUGAAUACAGGAUUUUCGAAGAAGAUGCUCUACUACCUGUACCGGAGAGCAUGUCGGACGAAGAAGCGUGUACGAUGACGGUUGCGGGGAUCACGGCGUGGAUGGCGAUGAAUGGGCAGAGGCCGUUGGGUAGUCCGGGCGGGCAGGAGGAGGUGGUGCUUAUUCAGGGGACGGGAGGAGUUUCUAUUCAAGGGUUGCAGAUUGCUAAGGCUUCUGGGGCUACUGUGAUCAUCACUUCCUCAUCAGACGAGAAACUUGCUCGUGCAAAAGCUCUUGGAGCAGAUUAUACGAUCAACUAUAAGACAACGCCCGAUUGGGAUGUUGAGGUUCUUCGUCUCACUUCUGGGAGAGGGGCAGAUAUCAUUUUUGAGAACGGAGGCGCUCCAACGACUGCCAAGUCUUUCAAUUGCAUUCGUUUCGGAGGGUUGUUCAAUGCUAUUGGCUAUGUCUCGGGAAAGGUCGAUCCAAAGGAUGAAGAGAAAACCAAUAUUAAUGUGCAAGCGAUUAGGAAGAACGUGAUAUUGGUCGGAAUGUUGAAUGGGCCGAGGGAUAGAGUGGUGGAGAUGUUGGAAUUUUAUGAAAACCAUGGGAUUAAGCCGGUUAUCGAUCGAGUCUUCAAGUUUGAGGAGGCGAAGGAGGCUUUGCAGUAUUUGUGGAGCGGGAGUCACUUUGGAACGGUGGUUGUGAAGGUUCCUUGAUCUGAUACUAAAGAGAACUAAGAAGCCAGGUAAUGACGCUUAAAAUCAGACAAUCAAUG